AUGCGCUCCUUAGCAGAGGAUGCUCGGCAGUUCCACGGCCUUGGACCAACAGUGGAUUGCACACACGAACCCACACAGACAUUCCACCCGCCCCUCUUUCUGCUGGAGUGGUGGCGGGCAAUCAGAGCGUGGUUCCACACGAACCCCGAUCCGCCAUCCGACCCUUAUCAACCAGACAGAUGGGUGGACGCAGUAGCCGACACGCUAGCAUCGAUCAAGUCCGACAUCCUCGACGUGUUCGACUCGCCAGGGCCCGAUCGGGUCUUUACAACCUGGCCGGAUUUCGAAGCCGGGACCGGUUCGGUGUAUCGCGUUCGCUUCCGCCUUGCGUGCCGGCGCGCAGGACUCGACCAUCUCGAUGGCGAGAUCGCUUCCUAUCACGCGCUGGGAUAUGACGGGAUAGUGGUAGAUGAUGAUCAGGAUGAGGAUGGAGCGCCCGCCGGGCCCCGGGCAAUGCUAGUCAUCAGCUACAGCGCCGCAAGCCUCGGGGUAACCCUGAAUAUCCGAGAUGGGGGAACCGUAUGGCCGCGGAGACUUGUCGAGAGUCCGGAACUUGGUGCUGCCCGAAACAGCGAGGCAACCUACUGGCAGUCCGUCAAGCUUUUGCUAGAGGAGGUCAUCCAGGAUGAACCAGUCGAUCAUAUUCUGCUCCUUGGCCCGCGGGCCUAUGAUGCGGACCUGAUUCGGGCGGUCCGUAAUGUUGUGGAACACCAUGAGAACAUCAAUUCUUCUAUCCUGGAGCGGUAUCGCGGGGUAGAUUCGGACAUGCGCGAUGAGAACCUGCCGGUUUUUACGACGGCGAGGCAAGCUGCGGCGGUGGCUAGAGAUAUCAUAACGGCAAGAUCGUGUGUUGUCGACGAGAAAGCAACCAGUGAGGUCCAUUCGGAGCUUUAG